ACCCCCGACCUCCGCGCAGUGUCUCAGAGCGAGUGCUGGCGGGCGCCAUGGCCACUGAUCCGCGCGGGAAGGCCGCGACUCUGGCCCUGAGGAGGCGGCUACUCAGCAAUUCCUGCAGACUCUUUUUUCCUGAGGAUCCUAUUAAGAUUGUCCGGGGCCAAGGGCAAUACAUGUAUGAUGAACAGGGGGCAGAAUACAUCGAUUGCAUCAACAAUGUGGCUCACGUUGGGCACUGCCACCCUCUCGUGGUCCAAGCAGCACAUGAACAGAACCAGGUGCUCAACACCAACAGCCGGUACCUGCACGACAACAUCGUGGAUUACGCACAGAGGCUGUCCGAGACCCUACCGGAGAAGCUCUGUGUAUUUUAUUUCCUGAAUUCUGGGUCAGAAGCCAACGACCUGGCCCUGAGGCUGGCGCGCCAAUACACAGGACACUGGGACGUGGUGGUAUUAGAUCAUGCUUAUCAUGGUCACCUGAGCUCCCUGAUCGACAUCAGCCCCUACAAGUUCCGGGACCUGGAUGGCCAGAAGGAGUGGGUCCACGUGGCACCUCUCCCAGACACCUACCGGGGCCCCUACCGGGAGGACCACCCCAAUCCAGCUGUGGCCUAUGCCAGUGAGGUGAAACGUGUGGUCGGCAGCGCACAGGAGAAGGGCAGGAAGAUUGCAGCGUUCUUUGCUGAGUCUCUGCCCAGUGUGGGAGGGCAGAUCAUUCCUCCUGCUGGCUACUUCCCAGAAGUGGCAGGGCACAUCCGCAGGGCCGGAGGGGUCUUUGUUGCAGACGAGAUUCAAGUGGGCUUUGGCCGAGUAGGCAAGCACUUCUGGGCCUUCCAGCUGCAGGGGGAAGACUUUGUCCCCGACAUUGUCACCAUGGGCAAGUCUAUUGGCAAUGGCCACCCUGUAGCCUGUGUGGCCACAACACAUGCUGUGGCGAGGGCAUUUGAAGCCACCGGCGUCGAGUACUUCAACACGUUUGGGGGCAGCCCAGUGUCCUGCGCUGUGGGGCUGGCCGUCCUGGAUGUCUUGGAAAAGGAGCAGCUGCAGGCUCAUGCUGCCUCUGUGGGCAGCCUCCUGAUGGAGCUCCUUGGACAGCAGAAAGCCAAACAUCCCAUCCUUGGGGACAUCAGGGGCGUUGGGCUCUUCAUUGGUGUGGAUCUGAUCAAAGAUGAGGCCACAAGGAUGCCAGCGACCGAAGAGGCUGACUAUGUGGUAUCCAGGCUGAAAGAAAACUACAUUUUGUUGAGCACCGACGGCCCCGGAAGGAAUGUCCUGAAGUUCAAGCCCCCGAUGUGUUUCAGCUUGGACAACGCACGACACGUGGUAGCAAAGCUGGAUGCCAUCCUGACAGACAUGGAAGAGAAAGUGAGAAGUUGCAAGACACUGAGGCUCCAGCCCUGACGCAGCUCUGCUGAGGCGUGUCCUCUAGGUUCACACUGUCUUUGCUGGGAGAGAGAAUCCCACUUCCAAUGGCAAGUCAAGACAGGUGUUCCAAGGUGCUCCAGACUCGAACUGCCCUGGGGCAGUGUCCCCACUGAGGGUGGUAACCCUCACUGUACUGUUUUCACCCCCUUGAACAGCUGCCCCAAAUAUCUGAGCCACUCCACUUUCUUUAAAGGGGCACAAGUCCUAGGCCCUAGGCAGGGCCAAGUCAUUAAAGGAAACUAACCAAAGAUGUGGAGAGUGUGUGCUUAUGCCUGACAGGA